AUGCAGGUUGCAACACUUAGUUAUCAAUCUAAUCCAAAAGAAAAUUUUCAUAAUGAUCCAAGAUUAACAUUUCAACAUCGACAUAUACUUACCACCAUAACAAGUCCACAGAAAAAACAAAAACAACGUCGACCUCCUUUAUCUGAUGUUAGUAUAAAUUCUAAUAAUCAUUUACCAUCGGUAAAAAUUUAUCAAAAACGACCUGGUUCAAUAUAUGUUAAAGGUAAUCGAUUAACAUCAUCAAAAUUAAAUGAUAUAUCGACAGUAUCAAAAUUAAACGAUACUUCAACAACAUCAUUUCAUCAACCAUCUCGUGCACGUAGUCAAGUAUCGGAUAUAAAUGAUAUUUCACGAAUAAGAAGUAGAUCUGUCACUCCACCAGGAACUAGAAGAUCAUCAUCAAAAUUUGUUCGUGUUAAAUUUGGAUAUCCUGUUACAAUUCGUUCACCAGAUUUUUAUGCACCAAGUUUAAGCAAUGCUGAAUUACGUUUUCGUGAAGAAUCAUUUAUUAGUGAUUCAAUUCGUUAUGCACAUCAAAGUUCUCAAUCAUCAUUUAUUUCACCUUAUGAAGCAUUUGAUGAUCCUAGUUUAACACAUUUUUUUCAAUCACCAGUUGUAUUAGAUGUUAUACGUAAGACAUUGAAUAUUGAUUUACGUGAAAGAUCAUCUGCCAAUCAUCGAGAUAAUGAUUAUCAUCGAAUUGUUGCUAAACCUUCAUCUGGAUAUUCAAAAUUAAAUGGUUAUGAUUGUAUUCCACCAUCUGCUCCUGCUCGUCAUCGUCGUUUCAUAUCACAUGACAAAUAUCGAUUAUCAGCGAAUUCAUCAUUAACAAGUGUUCCAACAUAUAGUAGUAUUCAUUUUCAACAAAAAAGAAGUUCUCGUCUAAAUAAUAAAUCAAAACUCUCAGCACCAAUAGCAGCAUCAUCUCCUUUAAGACAUACAACAGAAGCAGCAAGUGAUAUUGCACCUGCUUCUAGUGUUUCUCAGGAGUGA